UGCGUCUCCACCCCCCUGAGCCCUGCCGUCCUCUCCGCAGCCUGUGCCCCCCACGACUGCACCGCGGACCACCAGCACCCCCUGCGGCUACGGGCCAGCUCGCACGACCUGGAUGAGAAGGAGUUAACAGCCCAGCUCCGCAAGGCCAUCGAGUCGCGGCUCAGCGUGACACUGACGGAGGACCUGGGUGACGCCCUGGCCAAUGGGGCCGUGCUGUGCCAGCUGGCCAACCACCUGCGCCCGCGCUCUGUGCCCUUCAUCCACGUCCCGUCUCCCGCCGUGCCAAAGCUGAACAAGAUCAAAUGUCGGAAAAACGUGGAGAGCUUCCUGGAGGCCUGUCGCCACAUGGGGGUCCCAGAGGUCGCCCUCUGCUCCGCCUCCGACGUGCUCCAGGGGGACGCCGGGCGGCUCCGGGGCACCCUGCGGGCCCUGCUGCGCCCCGGAGCCGCCGAGGAGAGCCCUGCCGCUGCCCACGCCGCGCCCGCCCUACCCGGGCCCCUCGCCGGCUUCGCCCUCUUCUAUGUCUCCGUGAUGUCGCUGCUUUUCCUGGCCUAUCACAAGCUCUGGGGCUUCUGAGGAGCCGCGGGGGGGCCCCAGCCCUGCCUAGUGCCUUAGAGAGACCCACGGCGGGGUGUGGGGCUGGGUAUCCCUCUGGGGCCUGGUGGAUCCCCGCUGCCGGCCCCCGACCGCCUUCAAACCCGCCUCCUCCUACAGAGACCUGCUGUGGGUCCCAGAGCCCUGGUGUGGGCCCCGCUCCAGGCUCCCCCUUGGGGGGCGAGCUAGCCCCCUUCCCCAGCUCUCCAGUGCCUCUCAGUGGCCACGGGCUGCCCUGCGGCCAGCUCGCUUCAGCUGCCUUAACGCGGUUAAAUUAUACGGCUCUAUAUUUGAUAUAUAUAUUGGAAGGCCGAGCCCGGCCGCCGGGCCCGGCAUGUACAAACGUGUAAAUAGCGUGUGGACUCGGGCGGCCCCUUCUCUCUCGGCGAUUUCCUGUUGUACGUGUGCCCCGUCCCCUGGCCGCUUUCGGUGUGUCCCGGCCGCCGCGUGUGUGUCAUGCCCCCCGCGCUGUCGCGUUCGCUGAGAAAAGCAGCGCUCCAACCCA